AAAAAUUGUAGAUUGAUCGCGCAGAUUGAUUAGGCGGAAAUAUAACACUAUGGUACAAAAGCCUAUUUUCUUUGAACAAGUUAAGUCAUGCAUCCUAAGCUUUCAUAAUGCUAAUGACAAGAGUGUCACAGACGAAACGCAUUUUUUACAAAGUUUAUGUGAAGCUGUAGAAUCUGUCCUACGCAUGGGACUAAAGUGUAGUCAUCGCCUAAUAAAGCGAAAGGAUUAUUGGAACUGGAUGAAAAGCAUUCCACGCAUGUGCGAAAAAUGGGAAAUAUUUGUUCACCCAAGUUACUUGCAGGCAAUUAAUCACGUUCACAAGUGCCGUAGUGUCACCACUGCUCAAGGACGUGGGCGUCUCCUUAUUCGUAUGUUAUUGAGUUCCGGAACUUUGGAUUUCCCAUUUAAGUUACUGCUAAAUAACAUGCAUUUAUCAGCUCCAUUCUAUGAGGAGUCUGAAUCAGUUAUGGGGAACGAUAUUCUUAUUCAAAUAUUUUCUUCUCUUGUCAGUGAGGUUUGUCGGAUUCCUUUUAAUUUGAAUGUGGAUAAUACGGAAUUCCUUGAUGAAACAUGGUGUCUUCCAACAUUUAAGACGUUUACAUUCGUUCCAUGCAAAAUGCUUGGUGCUCGUGUCGAAACGGUAGAUGGCCAUUAUUUAGUUACAGAAGUAGAUCCUACUGGAGUUGUUGCAGAAGAUCAUCAGAUAACUGUUGGUGAUAUUCUAUCUACCAUGUAUGGUUGUACAUUACACAAUUCUGGGCUCUUUUUAAAUAAUCUUCGAUCUCUUUAUGAUGGCCAACCCAUUCCAGUUGGUGUUACGAAAGCUUUGAUGCCUGACGGGCGUAUAUAUCCCCGUUUGAGAUCUCUUUUAGAACAAUAUGGUUAUUUCAAUUUGAUUGCAGAUCUCGAAAGAUCAGGACCAGUUCAUAUUAUUGACAAUUCGAAGUUUCUUGAUCAGGAACCUUGGUAUCAUUUUCGAUAUAUUGGACAAUGUGAAGUGGGUUCAAGUGGUGGAGUUAAUUUGAUAAAUCAGUCUAUUGUUUCUGUUUUAAGUAAUUUUAAAAAAUCAGAUGAGCAAUGUCCUGUGCACAUUGAAUUGGGUGAACUGGGAGUGAUUGUAUGGCAGUUACAGCGGAAAGAUAAUAAAGUUUGUCGUAGUGAAGAACCUCUUCUACGUCAUUCCUAUCCACAAAUAUCUUCAUGCGGUCGAAGAACCGAUGGAACCAAUUAUUUUGCAUAUAUAGCCGGUGAGGAAUCAUGCACUACAGCUAGUCAUUUUACGUGUUAUGUAUUUGAAUCAACGGAUAAAGAAGAAGCUAGAAGAAUUAUAUCCGGUUUAUCAAUGGGCUUUGAUAGAACACAUUGGACUUUAUAAUUAUUAAAGACAACAUAAUGUAAGAGCAUUUUUAAAUAAUGAAUCUAUUUUCUAGCGAAAAUUCAUUCAAUACUUGUGAUCAUUUUUUUCUUAUAAACAUUCCAAACAAUGUGGCAUAAUUUUCAUAUUCUGGUUUAAUGGAUUUCAUUUUGGGUGAUUUAUUUCAUUUCUGUUAAUUAUGUGAUACAUUUUUGUGUUUCUGUUUAGUUAGUUGGUUUUUUUUCUCUCGAAAAUUUACUUCAUUUAACUCUGUUUUACAUUCAAGUAAAUAUCAAUGGAUAUAUUAGAAGAUUAUUAAGCGAUAUCUUUCAUUGUUUUUUCUUCCAUUCUCCUACUUAUUUCCCAUGUAUUUUCGAAGUAAACUCCAAAUGCUCAUUCGAUUUAUACUUUUUUUGUGGUCUCUUUGUUUAUAGUGAAUUAUUUUUUGCUAUGUAUGUUUGUCUUUAUGUGCGGUUUUGUUUCUUAAAUUAAUUACCACCGACUAUAUUGAUUUUAUGACGUAGAACAUGUAUUGUUCAUUGCAUUGUCAAGUUAUCUGUGCAUUUUGUAAUAUACACUUUUUUGAGUUAUAUAUAUGUGUACCCAUGGUGGUAGUAUUGUUGUGUUUUCAUGUCUGUUUGUUGUCCUUGAAAUCACCUUUGACCUGAAUAUUGAACUUAAUUUCUUUAUGGGGAAGUUCAAUAGUUACCCAAUACGUAAAUUCUUAUCUAGAUUUUAUUUGAAACAAAAUUAAAGUUUUUGUUUUAAUA